CAACGUGACAGCUAACACUGUUACGCAAUUUGAUCUGAUCUAAAGUUCAAGGUACUGCAGACAGGUUUGAUUCAGUGCACUGGGCUCUCAAUCAUUCAGCUCCACAGCUGGAGACUGGUCUGUUUGUCUGUACAGAGGCCUUUUAAAUUCCAAGAUCAGAGACCAUGGGAGAGUGGAGUUUUCUGUCCUCUCUACUGGACAAGGUCCAGUCCCACUCCACCGUCAUCGGGAAAGUCUGGCUCAGUGUGCUUUUUAUCUUCAGGAUCAUGAUCCUUGGAGCUGGAGCAGAGAAGGUGUGGGGUGAUGAACAGUCGAAUAUGAUUUGUAACACCAAACAGCCUGGUUGCAAGAACGUCUGCUAUGACCACGCCUUCCCAAUCUCACACAUUCGAUUUUGGGUCCUCCAGAUUAUCUUCGUCUCAACACCAACGCUGAUCUACCUUGGUCACGUCGUCCACAUUAUCCACAAAGAAAAUAAGCUGAGAGCAUAUUUGCAGACCCACUCUAGGAGUGAAAUCGUCAAAGUUCCCAAGUACUCUGAUGCAAAAGGCCACGUCCAGAUUAAAGGCAACCUGCUCGGUAACUACAUAACCACUAUAUUUUUCAGAAUCAUCCUGGAGGUAGCGUUCAUUGUGGGCCAGUAUUAUCUGUAUGGGUUCAUCAUGGACCCAAGAGUCGUCUGCUCCCGAGCCCCCUGUCCCUUCACUGUAGAGUGCUACAUGUCUCGACCCACAGAGAAGACCAUCUUCAUCCUCUUCAUGCUUGUAGUCUCCUGCAUCUCUCUUCUACUCAACGUAGCAGAGCUCUUCUACCUGGCGUGUUCUCGCUCAUCCAGACGAAAGUCCAAAACAGUGCCGUCUGCUGCUAUUGCCCUUCACCCACGUUUUAACAGUGACAGUCUGAUGAAAAAUCAGAAGCUUAGCCUCCAUGAUGCCAGUCACAGCACAGCCUAAAGAAUGCCAUUUAGAUAAUGUGCAAAAGUUAAACAGUCGUAUAGUUCCUGAGAAAACAGGAGAGCACAUAAAAAUGUGGGGGCUAAAUCCACAAGAGACCAUGGCCCACGUGUGUAAAUUACGCUUUUACGAGUUAUUUAUUUAUGUGAUUAAAAAGUCCUGUACGUAUAUGUAGACUAUUUAUGAAUAGUCACAAACAUUAAAAUGUUUAAAAAUGCACAAGAAUAAUUAAAUAUAUGGUACAGUGUCAUUGAAGCAAACUUUUAAAAUGUAUUAUGGACAAAACUGAGUUUUUGGGGUUUAUUUCUUGCUUUGUGUUUUGUCUUAUGACAUGAGCCACUGUUAAAUAUUGGCACCCUCAAGUGGCACAUUGGUAAUUGUGACAGUAGUCAUUCUGCUGUGGUCUGUGACUACAUGGCCUGAAUGUCAGAGGGACCUGACCCUAUAACUUGACUUGAAUGCAGAUACCUCUGCAUCUCUGUUCCAAUUUGCAUUGGCUAAAAGCCAUUUUGUGGUGCUACAAGCUUUUUUGUUCUAAAGCAGUGUGUAAGGGCUGUUAGUGCCACUUCACUUUUCAAAUUGAAUUUUUUCUCUUAUAAUGUUAAAUUUGCCGACAUGACUUUUAAAACUGUAAAUAUUUGAAUUACAAAUAAUUUGUUUUUUCAUGUUUUGUAUUUUAAUUUGACUGUAUGUGCCUUGUGUUUGUAAUUGAUUGUAAUGAAAAAUGUAUUGGGGAAAGGGUACGCAUCGGCCUACAGUAUGUUUAUUAAACAUGUUUGAAGUUUAGUCCAAAUCA